CGUUCAGACCGGACCUGUUUGGUUUGCCCGUUCCUGUUUCGGAUACAACAUUGCAUUUGAGCCAAAGCACGCCAGUCCGCUUUGGUGGCCAAGAUUGCUGCAGUUGGCUGGUGGCCGUGAUACGCGAAAGAAGCUGAUCUUGCGGUGAAUUUUUCGGACUGUCUCUCUGUUUCUCGCGCUCGGUUCCCCGGAACGUCUCUGCGGUUCCUGCAAUAAACGGUCGAUCGCGAGUGCGGUAGAAAAAGCAUAAGAAAUUCAAAGUUUCGAACAGCGUACACAGCGGGGUUUGAGGAUGCUGUUAGGCGGGAUUUGCUGUAAUGCGUUGCGGGUUAGAAUUUAAUUUUUGGAACCAAUUAGAGCUGUCAAGUUGUGCUUGAAGCUUAAGAGAUUGUUUCGUGGUUUUGAGAAAGUGUUUUUUUUUGGUCGGUUUUUGCAAAUCGUGUUCUUCCUGAUCAUCAGUGGAGAGUGGGUUGACCCAAAUUUGGCCUGGAAGUGUGUGACCCAGUCAGUUCGCGGGAGCGAAGAAUAUCUGUAUAUGAUUGAUUAUCACCGCAGGUGUGAAAGAAUGAUUCGUGUUCCCGAAUGAGGUGAAAAUCAACAGUUGAGUGAUGUGUCUUAAUAGCGUCCUGUUAAAAAUGGACGGCAUAAAUCGCCGUGUCAGACUUGGGAGGUGGUGGUCCUUCUCUGGACCGUCUUGCUUGCUGUUGCUACUGUACGGCUUCCUGGUGAUGGCGACUCUGAUGCCAGUUGGAACCGUUGAAGGAGCCCGGAUGAAGCGCAAAGAGUCUAGCUGCUAUUACAAUGGGACCCACUUCAUGGAGGGCUCAAUCGUGCCCACGAAGGAACCCUGCCUCAUGUGCAAGUGCCAGACUAAAACGUUGAUUUGUGCGCUGAAGGUUUGCCCGGAACAACCAAUUCCACCACCUCGAGGCUGCAUCCUUGUGCACAAAAGUGGAGCCUGCUGUCCCUAUCUGCAGUGUUCGAAGCUCCACCUAACUAACAAAAACAACGGUGACCGCAAGAAAAUUCAUUUCCUGGAUUAUUACGAGAAAGCUGCCGAAGAACGGCUAUCCAAUCCGAAUUCACUCCUGAGAAGAUCGGAUGACGAUGAUGUGGAGGAGAGUGGUGCUUGCAUCGUUAACGGUACAGUCUACAAAUCAGGGUCGGCCAUGACAACGUCUUCCUUGUGUUCCUACUGUUAUUGCAUCAAUGGACGGCAGAAAUGUGUCAAACCGAAGUGUGCCUUGCCAAAUCCGCGAUGUGCUCCCAUCUUCAUCGAUUCGGCCUGUUGUCCCAUUCGAUAUGAUUGUACCGGUAAAAUUCCGGUGCACGAAAUUACCUCCACCGUGUCACCGAAUCCGGUGCGACGAAUUAACAAUCGCCACUAUCUGCGAACGGUAGAGCAGAAAAGUUACAAAAACAGUGGCUGUGAAGUGAAUGGGAAGAAUUAUCCGGAAGGUGAAAGAAUUGCUUCCCAAGAUCCGUGCGAAGUAUGUUACUGCAUACGAGGGGCUAGAAAAUGUACACCGAAAAAAUGUGCUCCUGCCAUCAAGGGAUGUACGCCAAGGGUCCCGCGAGGCGAGUGUUGUGCAGUUCGAUAUGAUUGUAAACAAACAUUCGCUCGUAAAAUAGAGGAAGAGGAAGAGUCCUUUGACUUGUUUUCCAUUUUGUUCGGUCCGGAUCCAGAUGAACCGAAACCGGAGAAUAAGACCGUUUCCGAAACACAAGUAACUGAAGCGACUCCAAUCAGUACAACGUCGGAAAAGAGUUUCUUCGAUUUUCUGAAGGCAGGGUUGGAGUUCAUCGACAGUAAUUCGGAUGAUUUGUUGGCAACGAAUUCAUCUGAAACAAAUAAUGAAACUACAGUUACUUCCACCGAACUUGUUCCUACGAGUGAAGGAACAACCGAACUUCAUACGGUGCGAGUAGAGAUUAUUCAGGAACCACAAACAAUCUACAUUGAGAAACCUGACUUCAAUUUCCCUUCGAGAUCUACUAUUCCACCGAUACUAAGAGCUACCGCUGCUCGAAAACCGAUUCCUAGUACAAAGACUCAGAAAUCUACAACUACGACGACAUCGUUAAGUACAACGACCGAAACAACAACACCGUUGCCAAUUUCUACUACCAGCACAACUACAAUGUUAGCACCGACCACAAUAUUAUCGUCGACAACAACAUUAGCAUCGACUACAACAUUAGCAUCUACAACAACAUUAGCGUCGACCACAACCUUGGCACCGUCAACAUCAACAGUUCGAGAAACUGAGACAGAAAACACAACAAUUCCAGUUGAGUUCGAGUUAUCUAAAAGUGAACCUGAUUUCCAAGAUUUAGAAUCCGACUCUCUGCUAAAGGAAAAAAUCAUUGAUAUUUCGAAUUCGCUCGCGGAUCUGGAUUCCUCUGAAUUGUCGACUACAACUAAGCCUUCAGAAGUGUACGUUAGCGAAACGACGGCAACGAACGGUGUAGUCGGAAGUACAACAGAACAAGCUACGGUAUCUUCAUCUGCAUACUCACCAAUGCCAACGAAGAUGACAACGGAACCACCAAUCGAAGUAAUCAUCAAGGUAGACGACACCGCAAACAAAUCAGCUGUCGAAUCGAUUGUUCAAUCGUUACAUGCAAAGAUUGAAAGUAUAGCGAAAACGGAGUUACCAUUGCCUGUUACUACGGGUACCGCCAGGCGACCCAAUGAUAAGUUUGUUGGUUUUGAAACUGAGCAAGAGCCAACGACAACAACCGUCACAACGGUAGAAACAACUACGGCGGGAGUAUCAACGGAAGAAGAAGCGACUACGGAUCAAAGUGAACUGAUCACAACCGAGAUGUAUGAAGUAGAUAGCACCACUUCGGAUUAUGAUUCAGAAGAAGAAACAACGACAGAUUACAAAAGUGAGAGUAUCUCAGUCGAAGAUAUGACUACAACGGAAACCGCUGUGGACACGACUGUUUUGAGUGAAAGUGAAGAAGAAUUGGAAGCAACCCCGAAAGAGGAUUCCGAAGCUACGAGCACCGUUAUGUCAACUACUGCUGUAGAUCAAGAUAAGAUAGAGUUCAAGACUGAAAAUGACAAGGAAGUCGCAUCCGUCGAAAACGUCACGCAAACUAUGACUGAAGUUCCGGUGACGGUGACGACAACUCCCAAAUCUAAACCAGUCACUCAGAAGAACGUGACGAAACCUCUCAUUACCAAAGAGAACAACUUGCUGUCGGCUCUUCUUACGGAGCUGUCGAAUAUCUUCGAAUCGACAAAGAAUGAUUCUGGUAAACAGAAUGCCAAGAACAGAACAGAACCUCGUCCAGUGACACCGAAACCAAUUCCGAUUGGCGAAUUCCAUCGGCCGAGCAGUAUACCAUCGAUACUUGAGUCCGAUAUCAAUAUGGACUACGGGGAACCAACACUUCCUCCUAGUCUUCCUAACCUGAAAAUAAUUCCAUUCCUUCCGGCCGACGCUGUCAAGAAAAACGAAGCCCCGAUUCCACUAGCUAUCCCAUACGAUUUCUACAAGCCGAAUCCUACGAAUUAUCCGAUUAUGACCGAAAAUUACGAACCAUAUGGAAUGCUCAAUGAACACGAAAUGCAUCCGGGAAUUCCUUUCAAACCACCGAAGUACGAUUACAGCUAUGAUCCGUCGCUGAACUAUCCGGCAUUAACGGAGAACUAUGACCUACAAGCAAAGAACAACCAAUACAAAGCCCAUCUCAUCCGGGACAAGCACGAUAUGAUCAACGAUUCGGACUACGAUUACGCGGACACGGACGCCCUGGCCAAGUAUGACAUUCACUCGAAGCAGGAGCUGUUCAAAAAUGAACUGAAGAAGUUUAUCCCGGCCAAGUACGAAGCACCACAGGAAGGAACGUACGUACCGGUGUACGACAAGUAUGGCGUCGGAUAUCCGGAGAAGAAUGUGUACUACUCGAACCACAAGGAAAAGUACGAACCGGUGGUGUACAAGGUGAAGCAGGAAAUCAGCACCGAACAUGGGCUGUAUCGAAUAGAGGAGAAACCGGCGGCGGCAGUGGGAAGUGGAUUUUCGCCGCCAACGAGGACCGAAGGUGGAUUUCUUCCCAAAGAUCACAUCAAAGAGGAAUUUUAUUACGAACCAUAUGCGACUACUGUCGUCCCAAGCGAACAUACCACAGAAGAUCGACCAGUUAAGGUACCGUUCAAUGCAACGGCACUCACGUUUAGAAUAACUCCGGCAAACCCGUUCAUCGACGUGAUUCGAACGGAACCACCGCCGCCACUGAUAAGUCUAAUCGAGGACAAAGAGAAACUGUUUUCCGUGUAUCAUUCGGUUGCAAAGAACAACUACACUUCGCUGGAUGAUCUUCUGGAUAAUGAUAGUGUGGACAGUGCCGAGUUUGACAAACAGAUUAUCUCCAUCACCACGGACGCGAACUACCUUUCCACGAUUGAGAAUUCCGAGGAACACCAGGCUGCUGAAAAUAAUGUAGCCUUGCCCCUGACUGGAUAUGAUCCGGAGAACCUAACGCUUACUAGUUUGGAGUUGGAAACCGAGCACAUCCAUAACACCUCUGAACCGGAACCAAGUGGUAUGUUUAGUCUGGAGAAUGUGUUGAGUUAUUUGUUCCGAGAGGAUGAACCAUCGCAUGCCCACGUGAUCGAAAACUCCAGCACAACAGCUCCCGUCUACAUCGAUGGGGUUCCUCCGUUCAAGACGGCUCCGUCUCGAAUCAGUGGAAUAUACGAUCCGUCGGUAAGUUUGCUAGGCGAUGUUAAACCACCUUCCGAUGAGGAACAACACGAAGGAACGGUUGUGCUGAAGGUCGAAAGCGCCUCGAAUGGUCCCAACGAUUUGUAUCGGCCAUCGUUGAUGGAUCUUCCGUUCUUACCGGCAAACUUCCAUACCGGCGGAGGAGGAACCACCGAGCCAGAAUACAAAAACGACAUCGACCGGUACGGAUACGAUCCGGACGUUGAACACUACCAGGUCAUCUCGGAUGGUCCACCCAACACCAUUCCGCAUUCGGGAACGACCUACGUUGUCAAUCCGGUCGAUAUCAACAAACUGAAGCAACAUCACUCCGAGGGCACGGCGGAGAUAACGAUGAAGUCCAAGGUGUACAGCCUGAAGGACACGGUCGGCAUACUGAAGCUGGCCGGGUGUAACAUCUACGGUCGGAUGUACAGGGUGGGUCGAAUAAUUUCCGAACUGUCCGGACCUUGUCUGGAGUGUAAAUGUACCGAAGUGGGAGUGAAUUGUACGCCACUCAACUGCUGAAGAAAGUGUGAGUUGAUGAGUAUGAGUAGGAAGAGUGCGACGAGUGUGCGCGUGUGAGUAACUGUGAUUCUAGUGAUAUCAAUGUGGUAGCUUUAGGUGGCUUCGUAGGUCAUAGCAAAUAGUUAGAACGAAUCAUCGUUCUAUGUGUCGGCGCUAAUCUAGAGAUAGAUGAAGUUUAAUGAUAUUAU